UUCUCUGUUUACUGUACGUCGCGCAAAAAAAMGUAUCGCAUUGCACCAAGUUACGAGCCGCAACGUAGAAAUGAGGUUACCGGUCGAAGCAACAACGAAGUUUUUUUGGGGUCAAUCAUGCUGUACCGUACUUCUACUACCUUACCGGCGGAACAAGACAUCGACGGAAAACAASACCUUCGUGYUGAACACUGCUCGUCUUUCUUCAUCAUUACCAUCCUUCCGACGCAAUAUAUCUCAAGGAGCAGCUUCAUUUCGCUGCUUUUGGCACAGCUUGGUAUCUUUUCUAGGUAUWAAUAUUUUAACUGGGCAAUUCCUCCGUYCCURUAAAACUUCGUGCCAACGAUGGCCGCCAUGGACAAUCUUUCCGUAGAACCGAACGCAUACGUCGAAGCGGAGUCGACCGAACACGUCGACGAGAUCGAAAACGAAGACGAAKCGUCGGUGUCCCCCCGCAAACGGGGAUCUGGGUUGAAGUCUUCCUCCGAAAAUCCCCGGCGGAAAAAACAAAAGGCCGGCAAGCCACUGUCCCAUGAAAGYAGCGAAAACGACACGACCCAAGACAAGGAAAAUAACGGGCGCCGUACCUCUUCUGCCUCCCGCCGCAGAACGACSAACGARUCUUCGACCGAUGCCACUGAUUUUCUUGCAGGCCGCAACAUAAACAAACCGAACAAACCUCCCGAGGCGGGAGUAAUUACAAGGAUUUACGCCGAAAACUUYAUGUGGUAAGUAACAACAAAACGGACCAGGAUGGAAUGGAAUGGAAGAGGGAACGAAGCGUAUGGAACGGGGAUGGCCAACUAAUUUGCGAKAUGCCUUCAAGGUUCCAUAUUCRAACAKCUUACCCCAUCGCUCGAUCUUAAUUCCAUUGCAAURAAUACAAAGCCAUCGCAAAUUGACCGUAGACCUGAACCGAAACGUCAACUUCAUCUACGGCCAAAAUGGAUCGGGAAAGUCGGCCAUCUUGGCAGCYAUUCAGAUAUGCCUGGGCGCCGGAGCCCGUCGUACACAYCGAGCACGMAAUCUGAAGGAUUUAGUUCGCAAGGAUACUUCMUCMAAUUGCGCMAAGAUUCGUGUCACCUUGCUCAACAAGGGCGAUGAUGCGUUUCAACACGAAAGAUAUGGGGACCACAUUACCGUAGAAAGGACAAUUGCACUUCGGGGAGGCUACAAUGGAUAUAAGUUGUACAGUGCGAAAAAYAUUGAGCAGUCGAGGUCGAAGAAGGACCUCGAUGAGAUGCUGGACAAGCUCAAUAUCCAGGUUGAGAAUCCGGUGGCCAUUUUGGAUCAGGAAGAAGCCAAGAAGUUUUUGACCGGSAAAGCCAAAGACAAAUACAAAUUCUUCGUAAAGGCAACCGAACUGGAGCGAAUCGAUAACACCUUCCGAAACACGAAGGAACAGCUAAUGGAUAUGGAAGUCAAAUCGGAUAGACUUSAGGAGUCACUCGAUCGAGACMGYGAACUGGUCSAGGAGACCAAGAAGGCAUACAAACAGCAUCAGGCUAUCGGGAAACUAGAGGGGAAAUAUUCGAAGCUCCAGAUCAAUAUGGGGUGGGCAAACUACAAAMUUGUCACUGAAGACGAGCAUACAAAAACAUUCGUACGUAUUGCUUCAUUUGUGUYAACACAAUUCUGAAUUUUCUUCAUGUUUUCAUCUCAUCAUUGUAUCUUUCUGUUGCUUURAAUAACCGUMACAGAAAUUUGAAAAAUUUAAGGAAAAAGCCGAGAAGAAAAGACAAGAAUUGACGCAAGCUGAGGCUGUUACCCAGGAGGCCGACGACCCAAACGAUGAGCGUCGCAACCGUCUAGAUACSCUCACGGCCGAGGCAGAUACCAUGGCGACUCUGAAACGGGAUUUGGAACAGCAACUCAAAAAAGCAACCGAACCCCAGAAGGCAUUGGCUAGACAAUUUAAGCUCCUGAAAAAGGAGGAAGAAAGUAUUAACAGAGCUUUGUUAGAGGCGAAUCAAGCCCUUCAAGCCAAGCGUGACGAGAUUGUGGCGAAGGCUGGAUCGGCCGAGUCGGAACAAGCACGCAGAAAUCAACGAMUGCAAGCUGCCGAGAAGAAGAUUGCAGAGGAAAAAAYUCGCCGCAACGAAAUCAAACAGGCUGUGACGGAUGCGUUGAACUCCUACGAAGAUUUGGAACCGGAAGUAAUGGGAGCAAAACAAAUUGUCUCGCAACUMGAAAAUCAACUGAGAGGAAUCGAAGGCAAAAUUCGAUCGAUGGAAUCCUCUUCGGGAAAUUCCCUCGARAUAUUUGGCAGGAACUGUGGCAUAGUGAAACAAAUGGUAGACAAAGCAACUCAACAGGGUAGAUUCAAGGCACCCGUUAUUGGACCAAUAGGCUUUUACUGCAAAAUCCAACCGGGAAAAGAAGAGUUCGCCGCGUUGGCAGAACAAGCCAUCGGGAAUGGUGUAUUGGAUAGAUUCAUUGUGUUCAACGAUGCCGACCGAAAGACCUUUCAGAGUAUACGUAACCGAGCUAGGUGUAAGAUGGACUGUGGGAUUUUCCAGCAGUCCCAGCAUGCUCGAUACAAUAUUCCGGCACCGCCAAAGGGUGUCGAGACAGUCGCAACCGUUGUUUCUAUUCAGAAUGAUUCGGUGUUCAAUUGCCUCAUCGACUCGGCUAAAAUUGAAACGAAAGCCCUGUCUCGUGAUAAGAAAGAGAGUGAAGACUUGCUACUUGUCAAAGACAACAACAAUCGCAAUGCCAUUCGGGGAGGAAAUAUCAAAGAAGUCUACUUUCUUCCGAAUGGAGAUAAUUGGAAAGUCACCAAAGGUAUUUUGCAUAUGACUUCCAAUACCCGCAGAUUGAAGAAGACAAUUGGUGUCGACAUGACUGCGGCCGUUGAAGAUGCAAGAAACGAGUUCCAAAGCAUCAAGGAAAACUUGAGGCAAAAGAAUCUCGAUUUCAAUAGGUUGAACCAAAAGCACACAGACUAUAAAAAGCAGUGGAACAUUAAGAGGCGAGAAUUAAGAAACAAUGAACGUGAGAUUGAUCAAGCAACGAAGGAAAUCGAUGAGAUUAAAGCAGAGGAAGCAGCUUUUGUCGACAACGACAUCGACACUUCGGAGGAGGAGGAGGAAGUAUCCACAGCCCAAGCCCAUCUAGAAAAGGUCAAGGAGAAUCAAGAGAAAGCGCAGGACUUGAUGAAAGAAAAAGUUCCAGAGAUUCAACAGAUCAAAGAUAAGCUUCAUGAAAUUACAAACCGAAAUGAAAUGAUUUUGAAUGAUUUAGAUGAAGCACAACAAGCUUUAAGUCAACACUAUCAAGCGAUAGAAAUUCAAAAGGAAAAAUUAGAGAAGAAACGGCAAAAACUUGAGCAAUACGAAGAGCUUGUUUCCCAGCAUACAGAAAUAGUCAGAGAUGCGCAGGAGGUAUCAAUUAAGUUCUUGGAUAUGGCAAGGAAGGUCCAAUAUGUCAACGACCAGGCGGAACGACGCCGAAAGCAGAGAGAAGACGGAGAAAAUGGGGAUCAAAUGGGUGAAACGCAGAUGUCGGUGUACAAUGAAGAACCAACAGAUGAAGAUCUUGCGAUGAUAGAGAUUCCACAGAAUCUUGAUGGUUUGAAACAUCCUGACUACUACAAAGGCAGAAUGGAACAAGUUGCAGCGAGAAUCGAAGCUGAGAGGCAACGACGUCUUAAAAAUGGGGACGACGAAGCAACUGCCUAUGCCAAAUAUACUCGUGCUCUGUCCAUUUUUCAAGCGAAAUCACAUCAAAUCGAAAAAAUCGAAGAUACAACCAGCAAAUUGAAGCAAGAUAUGGAACAAAGAGAGAGACGUUGGGGACACUUUCGUGAUCACAUCAGUGAUUUCACGGGCAUGAAAUUUAACGAAACUCGUAAGUAUUAUGGUCUGCAUCCAUCUUGGUGAAAAUUUCGGCACCAAAUCGUCGGCAAUUCUCAUCUCAAUCUUACCAUCUGAUCUUUUGUUUUAAAAAAAUAGUCCAUAUCAAAGGCUCCGCCGGAACGAUCGAAUUCGAUCACCACAAAGAAGAACUAAAUUUGAGUGUUUACAAGGAUUGUAACGAUAACGGGACUGAGCAAAAAGACGUGAAGGCUCUCAGUGGUGGGGAAAGGUCAUUCACGUAAGUUGUCAUAUCGCAAUCAAAAUGACUUGUAUUUGGUAUGAAACUUUUUUGUCCUGUACUCUUGCGCUUGCAACGAAGUGGAUCCUGAAUGUUUUCCUCUUUCUUGGAUUGUUUGUCUUGUGUAGGACCAUUGCCCUUCUAUUGGCCUUGGGAGAAUCAUUGGAAACUCCUUUCCGUGUGAUGGAUGAGUUCGAUGUGUUUCUCGAUCCGAACGCAAGAAAUAAAGUCAUUGACUUACU